UCAGCUGACUUCCUAACGGGGGCUGAAGGGACGGUCGUCGGCGAAGGAGGGCGGCGUCAUGGCGACCACUGUGAGCACUCAGCGGGGGCCGGUAUAUAUUGGUGAACUUCCUCAGGAUUUUCUCCGCAUCACCCCAACACAGCAACAACAGCAGAUACAAUUGGAUGCUCAAGCAGCUCAACAGUUACAGUACGGAGGAGCAAUGGGCACUGUUGGGAGACUGAGCAUCACUGUAGUACAGGCAAAGUUGGCAAAGAACUAUGGCAUGACACGCAUGGACCCAUACUGUAGGAUACGACUUGGCUAUGCUGUUUAUGAAACUCCCACAGCUCAUAACGGAGCCAAAAAUCCCCGCUGGAACAAAGUUAUUCAAUGUACUGUUCCCCCUGGGGUGGACUCUUUCUAUCUUGAAAUAUUUGAUGAGCGAGCUUUUUCAAUGGAUGAUCGCAUUGCUUGGACACACAUUACUAUUCCAGAAUCAUUGAAGCAAGGAAAAGUAGAGGAUGAGUGGUAUAGCCUCAGUGGGAAACAGGGAGAUGACAAAGAAGGAAUGAUUAAUCUGGUCAUGUCCUACACAUCCUUACCUGCUGCCAUGAUGAUGCAGCCUCAACCAGUGGUCCUAAUGCCUACAGUGUAUCAGCAAGGAGUUGGAUAUGUGCCUAUAACAGGAAUGCCUGCUGUUUGUAACCCGGGCAUGGUCCCCGUGGCAGUACCACCUCCUGCCGUCAAUCCUCAGCAUGUGUGUAAUGAAGAGGAUCUAAAAUCGAUCCAGGACAUGUUCCCCAACAUGGACAGAGAAGUCAUCCGUUCUGUUCUAGAAGCCCAGAGGGGGAACAAGGAUGCAGCUAUCAAUUCUUUGCUUCAAAUGGCUGAGGAAUCCUAGAUGCUUCUACACAUUCCCCAUCUUCAUUGUUACCCUUGAUUUGCCAAGCCAGGGAUUUAGCUAGAGGAAGAAUUUCCUGAGAAAGCAUCCUGUCUGAAUGAUUGUGGUCCCUUUAUUUUUGUUGUUGUUGGACAUUUGCACAUUUGUUUUACAUAUGAUCUUUAGAAAUCUCACCCAUUUUUGGUAAUAUGAGUUCAGCUGUUAAUGGCUGCUUUUUUUGCGUGAAAGGUAGAGUUGGGGUAUCUGUCCUGCUUCUCAUUUUCCCAGUUUUGGAGCGAACACACACACACGUGUGUGUAGACAAGCAUAUUUGCUGUUCAAAACUAUGCAUUGAAUUGGAGGGUGAGGGGGUGAAGUGAGGUGAGAGAAGACUGCUAUUCUACAAAGUGCUUUUAUCAAAAGUUUUCUCUUUAGUAAAUGCCCCUGUUCUGUAAGGAACAUAGAGUGCUUAUAUAGUUCCCCUUGGGGAGAGGUGUUUUGUACUAUCUGAACAUUGCAGCAAUUUGUAACAGUUCUUAGUGUAGGCAAACUGGUUUUCUAGUAGUCUUCACUGUCCUCCUGAUAAGAUUCCCACAUAUUAAUUGGGUACUGAUGCAAUAUAUUUGCUUUUCUACAUUUUGGGCCAAUUGCUAUCAUCUGGUGUACUGCUGGGCUUCUGAAAUCUGCAGCUACUAGUUUUAUCAGGACACAGUAGCAGCAUAGGUUAGAGGAAAAGUGCAGUUUCCUGUUGUGUUUGUGUUUUUACUUGCACUGUUCUUGCUUCUACAUUCAUGUAUAUUUGAAAGAAUGAAAAGAGAAAUUAUACACCUUGGAAGUUUGUUAUGAUGACUCAAUACAUUUUCUUAUGAUCAGUUGACAUAAUACUCUGAAAAGAAACAUGUUGUUGAAGCAUGUAUGAAUGGAAUAUGUUAGGGGGUUUUGGAACAGAAUUUAUUUUCAAGACAUAACUUUUUAGGAGAAUGUAGAUCAUAAUAAUUCAGUGGGCCUUAGUUUCAUCAGAGGUGAGACAUGUGAGUCUCAUUUGUGACGGUGGGAGGAGUCAACAUUAAAAUUACUAACCCCAAAACAUAAAAAGAGGGUAAUUGUACAAAUUCACUGUAUGUGUUUUAUAGCAUAGGCAUUUGUAUAAUUUUGGAAUAUGAUAGAUCAGAGUGUGAGUUUGAAAAAGUGAAGGGAUGCACUUUAAUAUGCACAUUUUUUAUUAUAAUGUGCAGCACGGCUUUUUGAUGGUUUUUAAAAAAAACAGUACUUUCUGUAUUUCAGCCAUACUUCUCAAGAAUUUGAACACCGCACACAGGCAUUCAAAUUGGUUGUGAAUUUUAUUGCUUUGGAAGAAGAGCUUAUGGUUACUGUUUUUCAUCUGUUUUGCUCAUCUCCAUCAAGCAUUUUGUUCUUAAAAAAAUUGUUCCCUUAAUUAUUUUAGUAUAUCACCACAAAAGCUCCUGGCAUGGCCAGCUAUAGUUCAAAUAUUUAUUUUUUUAUGAUUAAAGUAUAAGUGAGAAAAUAACUUUUAAAUACAGUACCAAAAAUAGUGUUUCUUUAUACUGUUUAAUGUUUAUAACUUAGCCAUCCUCCUAUUUUAUUAGACUUGCAAUUGUGUUUAUUUCACUCUCCUUCCUCCUGUUUUGUCACUUUUUAUAUUUUGUCACUUUUUAUGAUCAUGGAUACAGUUAAUUGUGAGGUGGGCUUUUCUGUAACCUGUUCUAGAAGAAGUGUAUAUUCAUUAGAAAAUUAACUUUGUCCCUUGCUUCAUAUUCUACAGAACUUCCAGAUUAAUAUUAUGAUUUAAAGAUGUACAUUUGUCAUUAGCAUCAUAGCAGGAUAACUCUUGUGGCAUUUAGAUCUUUAAGAGGAAUAUUACUCAAAAGUUGUCAGGCAAAACCUGGAAUAAUGAUUCGUUCAGAAAAUCUGCUGUAGAACAAUAUGAAUAGAAUGAGUUAGUUCAAGGAAACUACAUUUCUAGAUGUUUAUGAUUACUCUGGGGUAAUGGGGAAUGUUUGAAGAGUUGCUGGUAGUUUAGGGAUGACCUCAGAUUGCCUAUUUGAUCCUUUUACAGCUGCAUUGUGGGCAUAUUGAAAAAGGAUAUGAGAAUGCACUUUCACAAUCAGGGCACAGGCAUGGAAAUGUUAAACUAAAUCUAGUUUCUAGAAGGUUCCAAGGUAGAAGAUACGUGUAAAACCUAGGGAUUCAGUGAAUAUUGAGUUGCUUUUUAUGUAAUAAAUCAGAAAACUUUUGAGGAUUGUGAGUAGUAAAUGGAUAGUUAAUUCCUUAGUAAUAUCUUUUAACAUAAUAAAUAAAAUGAGAGUACACAAUCUCUUAUGAAAUUAACAGCUGGCAUCACUUUGUACUAUAUUUUCUUUGUCCUUAAAGGUAAAAGUGUAGCCACACUUGUAUGCAUAUCUCUGCUGGGUUGCUGCUUGAAUCCUAUCUAAAGCAUGCAAAGGGAAAGCAAAUACUUGAAAAGUUUCCAUAGAUUUUAGUUAGAAUUGUUUUUCAGAUAUUUGUUGAAUAAGAUUGGGGUGCAAGUUGCUGAUUUACACAGCUGAAAUGUGCAAGUCUAUCAUUUAAACUAAAUGCUGUAUCUCACACAAUUCUUCAUAUCUGUUUUAUAUGUGCUCCUCUUAACAGAAUAGCAUAUUUUGUUUUGUACAUCUCUCUGUAGCUCAGAAGCUGCUGUGGAACUCUGGUAUUUGCUGGAAGUUGUUGGCACUAGCUUCAGUCCUGCCAAGGUCCUGUGAGUGAUUAAAUCCAGGAAUAUUUUUGUGUAGCUAGAUGCUUACCAACUUUUUCUCCAUUACUGUUUGAUGCACGCUAAUGGUACCAAGUGUUUCUGUUUGCAGACAUUACUGCUUGUGUUGGUUGACCUAUAAUACUGUAUAGGGGAUGUUUCACUCUAAUAAUUCUGAAGACAUUGGGCUUUUUUACUGUAUUGAGGUCAAUAUGUUUUGUGUCUUGCAUUGUAAACUUUUCUUUUUCCAAUUCUAUUUAAUUUAAUAAAUGUGUACUAUAUACCAGGCCAUGAAAAAAUGUGGUCCUUUACAGUAGGCAUCGUGCUUCACAGCAGAAAUUAAUUCCGGAGACUGGGAAUUGUGUUAAAGAAAAUAUGACUAUUUUAGCAUAGGAUUUGUACUUAAUUAAAAAAUAUCUUGUGUUACAGUACAGGGUGGCUUUGAUUUUUGCAUUUGGUAAGAUUUUAACAGAAUAUACCCAUACUUUGCUUAAAGGAUAUUUCAUUUCAAUGAAUGCAUUCCAGUGACUGAUAUUUUGCAUUUAGAGAUGGAAAAUCUGGGUUUAAAUCCUUCAGUCAUGAUCACAUUGGUGAUGGGGAAAAUCAUAUUUAUGCCCUUGUUUUCCCAGUCAGUGAAGUAAGAAUAAAUAACUUAGCGGGUUAUUGUAAGGAAAAUAAUAUGAUCAUAGAGCUCUUAGGAUGCUAUAAAAGUUAUAAAAAUACACAAUUUUAUCUUCUUUGUUCAGUACUGUAAUGAUUUUAAGUGUAUGUGUGUCUUUAAAUGCUUGGUGUGGUACAGAUGAAGAAUGGGGAUGAAAGAGAGGGGUGAGUGAGUGAGAUGAUUGGUUGAUGACUGAGAGUGUGGGCUGAGUGAACUGCAGUUUUUAGUUACUGAGUAGAGAGAGAACAUUCAGUCUGGGCAAAGCAGGCAACCUGUCUGGAAGCCUGAGGGGAUUUGCAUUCUAGUUCAUUUAGGCAACUGUGUGGAAACCUGAAGUGUGUGUCUAUGAGAGAACUUUCAUUCCAUCUAAAGCAGGCAAACUCUGUGUGCGCCUGAGAAAGUCUAUGUAUAUUUGAGUGAGUGAUUCAUGUAUGUGAAGCAGGCAAACUGCGUAGGCACCU